GUUGAAUUUUGUCUUUGGUUGAUACAAACGUAAUCAUGGCGGAUCCGCUGAGUUUACUUCGCCAAUAUAACGUAAAUAAAAAGGAAAUUAUUGAAAGAGAUAACCAAAUAAUAUUUGGGGAAUUUUCCUGGCCCAAAAAUGUUAAAACCAACUAUCUUAUGUGGGGGUCAGGAAAAGAAGGCAGUGUCAAGGAAUACUAUACAUUGGAAUGUCUUCUAUUUAUCCUCAAAAAUAUACACCUCACACAUCCAGUUUAUGUCCGACAAGCUGCUGCUGCUAAUAUCCCUGCUGUACGACGUCCUGAUCGAAAAGAGCUACUGGCUUACUUGAACGGAGAAACUGCCACUUGUGCAUCUAUUGAUAAAAGUGCACCUUUAGAGAUCCCUACACAGGUUAAACGCACCCAUGACCAUGAUGGGGGUGAAUCUGCUGCCAAGAAGCCUCGCAUUGAGGAGACACAUGUGCAGAAGGUGCGGGAACAGCUCGCUGCUCGUCUUGAUGCCCCCAAGGAAGCAUCCGUCACAGUUGAUAACAUCAAGUCCCUCUCUGAGGCUAUGUCAGUGGAGAAGAUUGCUGCCAUCAAAGCUAAGCGUUUGGCCAAGAAGAGGACCACAAUCAAGAGCAAUGACUACUCCGACACACUUGGAGUGGUUGGGUCAGACCUGAGAGCCAUCUUGGAUUACGAUGUGGACCUCACUAAGGAUAUUAUCAGUCGCGAGAGGCAAUGGCGGACUAGGACUACUGUACUGCAGAGUAAUGGAAAGGUGUUUGCCAAGAGCAUCCUAGCUCUACUGAGCAGUAUAAAGGCGCGCGAGGAGGGGCGCGGGGUGCCGCGGCCGCCGCCGGUGCCCAUGCCGGCCGCCGCCGCUCUGCCCGCGCAGCAGACGCAGUACAACAGAUACGACCAGGAGCGCUUCAUUAGGCAGAAGGAGGAGACGGAGGGCUUCAAGAUCGACACGAUGGGCACGUACCACGGCAUGACGCUCAAGUCUGUGACGGAGGGGCCCAGCGUGCCGCCCGCGGCGCGCGCGCCGCAGACGCCCAACCACCCGCGGUCUAUGCCCUGGCGCGGCGCGGCGACGCCCACGCCGGGCGGGCGGCGCGAGCUGCUGCCGGCGGCGGCGGCGCGCCUGCCCGCGGGCGGCGGCAAGCGGCCCUCGCGCACGCCCAUCAUCAUCAUCCCCGCCUCCACCACCGCGCUCGUCUCCAUGUUCAAUGUUAAGGACAUGCUGCAGGAUUUCAAGUUCGUACCAACGGAACAGAAGAAGGCGGAAGGCUCAGGGCGAGAAAAUGAAGUAUUAUUGCAGAGGAGGAAAGGGGACGUGGCCGCUCCCAGCGCCGCUUCUAUUACUGUGCCUUACCGCGUGGUGGACAACCCGGCGCGGCUGUCGGCGGCGGAGUGGGACCGCGUGGUGGCCGUGUUCGUGCAGGGGCCCGCCUGGCAGUUCAAGGGCUGGCCCUGGGACGGCAACCCCGUGCAGAUCUUCUCUAAUAUAUGCGCGUUCCACCUGAAGUACGACGAGAUGAAGCUGGACGCGAACGUGGCGCGCUGGGCGGUGACCGUGCUGAACCUGAGCCGCACCAAGCGCCACCUCGACCGCUCCGUGCUCAUGGCCUUCUGGGAGACGCUCGACAAGCAUAUGAUGAAAAACAAACCCCACCUUAGGUUUUAAGUCUGUUGAUAGCUUUAACAAAUUCUAUAUAACUGUGUGAAUAGUCCAAAUCCUUUCAAUAGUGAAGAGUAUCUAAGUCAAUUCAUACCAUUGUAGGAGUAUUUUGGCUAACAAACAUAGGAAUUACAAUGUUAUUGUAUUUUAAAUGAUUCUUGUAUUGAUACUUUUUUGUGAACAUAAUGUUAUGUUGUUAUAGUGAAUAUCCUCAUGGAUGGGUAAGGCUUAUAUUGCUGCUACUUUAGACUCUUUCUUAAAUACUAUUGCACUUGAAGGACAAAAACCGUUCUGUAUUAUAAUUAUUAUUAUAAAUUCAUUUUCUCUAGUAUAUUCAUUAUAAUUAUUAUAGGUUAGUAAAGUGGCCCGGGCCCAUUCACAGACCUCUACACACACAGCCAUGAAUCUCUUUUAUUAUUACGUCAUUAUGAUAUCAGCUUAAA